GACGUGAAACAUAUGAUAGUCACAUAGAUAAGUAAAUAGGAUAAUAUCAUCUCGGAAAGACUCUUCAACUUCACAUUUCUCUGUGGUCAGACGAUGGUAUGCAAUCGGCCAGAUUAGGACCAUGAUACAUCGAGUUUAAUCACUGAAAAUACAGAGGCACUGCAGAACGUAGGAGUAAGAGGAUAGACAUAUUAAACAUUUUAUAUAGCCUAUAACAUUAUAUGGAAAUAUAAGCAGACAUUACACUGGAUUAACAUUACUGAUACGAAAACUAAAAGCAACAUGCCUAAAAAGUACCGUUUGAGCCACAAUUUCGACUAUACGGACCCAAAAACGAAAGUCCAGACAACAAAGGAAGAACAAUGCCUUGAGAAGUUCAAAAUGCAAGUGGAUGACAUAGCAAGUCGUUUCGAAACAGAUGAAGAUCUGUUCAAAUGGUUGAAAGCCCGGGACCUUGACGUGGACAAAGCUGAAGAAAUGUACCGACAGAGUAAGGCGUACAAAGCGAAAAUGGACGUGAAGAAUUUAGUAAAAGACUAUGAACCUCCUGAGGUAUUGAAGAAAUAUCUGGCGGGUGGUCCCAUAGUAGGACAUGACAAAGACGGUCGACCGAUAGCAGUUGAAUUGUUUGGACAUUUGGAUAUGAAAGGGUUAAUGUACAGUUGUAAAAAAGUAGAUUUUGAAAAGACCAAAUUAUUGAUAUCUGAGAGACAGAUGCAGGACAUGGCAGAGCAGGAAGUAAAGUUAGGUAAAAAAGUAGAUCAAAUGGUUGUUGUAUUUGACAUGAGUAACGCAGGCACGAAACAACUAUGGCGGCCUGGCAUGACAAUGUACACACAUCUUGUACAAAUUCUAGAAGAUAACUAUCCAGAAUCUGUCUACAAAUUAUUUGUAGUCAAUGCUCCAAGUAUUUUCCCAAUCAUCUGGCGACUAGGGAGGCCUCUCAUAAGCGACCACAUGAAGAACAAAAUCCACGUUUUAGGAGGUAAUUUCAAAGAAGAAUUACUCAAAUAUAUAGACACAGAAGAGUUACCUGCUUUUCUUGGAGGUUCCCAGACAGAUCCGGAUGGUGACCCAAAAUGCCCUUCUAAGAUAUGCUGGGGAGGGGACGUUCCUGAAGAGUUUUUCCUAAAAGACAUAUCAGUCACUGAGAAUAUGGUGACAUCUAGUGUCGACCCAGGAAAAACUAAAGAUCUGAAAUUUCAAAUCGAGAAACCUGGAACGAUGUUAAGGUGGGAAUUUAAAACAGAAAAUUACGAUAUUGGGUUUGGACUCAAAUUUACGUCACCAAAUGGCGAAACUCAUGACGUCAUGCCUGUAGAACGUGUAAAUAGUCACAUGGUUCCGGAAGAUGGCGACCACAUUUGCACCGAAGCUGGAGAAUAUACGAUUGUAUUCGACAACAGUUUUAGCUGGACACGUGACAAGAAGUUAUUCUACGUCAUAGAGACUAUAGAGCCUACUGAUUCCGGCGUCAAUAAAGACCUAAACGAUAUUGUACAACAUGGUAGCUGGAACGAACUUAAUUCAAAGAUGAAGGACGCCAGUAUAUGAUGUUGUCCUGCGUCUAAAAGUAUUAUAUCAACUCUCCAAACAACAGAUAGUAUAUUUAUGACGUAUAUAAAGUCUCAGUCACAUUUGCUCU